AUGACAAAUAGGAAUUUCGAUAAUUAUAUACUUAUACCAUUUCUUCACUUUGAUUCAGGUCCGCCUUUAAUAUCAUCAUCGCCUCAAGGGCUUGCUGAUCUCGUGAGUGUUAUUGAAGUGAGUGAAGGUUACGAUUGUCAAGAAAAUUCUUUAACCGCUAUUCAAAAAGCACUAGAAGUCAGCAAACCAAGGUCUACCAUAUUCGUGUUCACUGAUGCUGAAGCACAGGAUCCACAUAAACUCUAUGAUAUCCAGAACUUAUGCGAAUAUACUCAAAGCCAGGUCAUUCGCGUCGGUGAAGCAUUGUUUGGUGAAUAUAUAGCCGAUAUAAGCUGUCAGGGCGCGACUAUGUUUACUUUUUACAGAAAGAAAGAAGUUAAAUUCAGAUAUGGAUUUUCUCCAUUACAACCAAAAAGCCUCCGAGAAACUACUCGUUUACCAAUUCCAGGUGUUAUAAAUUAUUUACUUAUAUCUCUGCCGGAAAACAACUUAGAUUUAGUUUCAAUACAAUUAAAAAUGACAGAUGAAUACAAUCAUAGAAAUAUUGAUCAUCGAGUAAUUGAUGAGAGUAGAAAAUUGUAUGCAGCAACCAUAUUAAUUGAACCCAUGAAGACCUUUAGAGUUUUGGUGAAGUGUAGGGACAUUAAUAACCAAGAAAUAAGCGGAACAAGUGAACAAACGCAACCACAACGACUGGUAUUGAAUUCGCAGUCGAUUGCACCAGAAGCAAAAAUUCUAGAAGUUGAUCCCUUAAUCGAUUUCGGUUCAAGUUACUCUCUAGCCUGUAAAGUGAAUAGUUAUCCAAAACCUGACAUAUGGUGGGAGGAUAGUAGGGGGGAAAAGCUACUGUCCGAGAGCGCAUUGCUAGAAAUACCACAUGUUUACAUAAGUUACUUAAAAAUUGAAAAUGCGUCUAAAAAUGAUACUAUUACUUGCAAAUGUAAAAAUACAGAAGGAGAAGAUGCAGUUUCUGCUAACAUAUAUGUCAAUAGAACCUUCACAUUUGAUGUAAUACAGACCCCAUCAGAUAUAACCGUCGAAUAUGGUACAGAAGGAAAACUUUUUUGCGAAGCAAACACCUAUCCCGAAUCAGAAGUAAAAUGGUAUCUCAAUGAUACUCUUAUAGAAGACUUAGAGGAAAUUGAUAUAUUAGAAGAUGAGCACAUGUUGCUGAUUAAAAAUAUGAACCUUAAUUAUACAGGAACCUACAGUUGCGAAAUAUCUAAUAGUGAAGAAACAAGGACAUUUUCGGCAAACGUUUACAUCUCAGGUCUUGAAACUCCACAAAUUGAUUUGGGACACUCAGAGAUUGUAUUGAAACCGGGUGAAGAAACUGAACAAGAGUGCACCAUUAUAAAAGGAAAACCGUUCCCUGAGAUAUCGUGGAAAUAUAAAUCUAGUUAUGACAAUAUUGACUUAAGUAAUGUACCCGAUGGUGUGGAAAUUCAUGGAGCCGCCUUAAAAAUUGAUUCUGCUGAUUUAUAUCAUAGCGGUUUUUAUGUUUGCGAAGCUAUUAAUAUUUUAGGGACGGACACUCAACAGAUUGCUGUUAAAAUACAAUAUCCUCCUAAGAUUAGAAAUGGAGAUGAGGAAAAGAUUGUUAGAUACGGAGAGAUUGUAGAACUGACUUGUGAAGUUGACGCUGUUCCUACUGCAUCGGUUCGUUGGGAUAUGGAACAGGAUGAUAUUACUAUACCCUUCGAUGCCCGCCAUAGCACAAACGAUAGAAACACACAUCGGUUCACAGCUAACGCGAAAGAUUCUGGGUUGUACAUCUGUACGGCGCAGAAUGACUUAGGUACUGCUACUAGGAGAGUAAAGGUUAAUGUGCUUGUGGCACCUUAUAUAGAGGCGUUGGAGUUUAAUACGCUGACAUCUCGAAGAGGGUCCACAGUUAAUUUAAGCUGCAAAAUCAUUUUGGGUAACCCUUUGCCGAGUAUAAAAUGGGUGUACAUUGCACCAAAUCUCAAUACUACCGAGUUGAUUAGAGAACAUUCAGCUGAUAAAUUAGACUUAUUAUUAGAAGACAUCACAACGAAACAUGAGGGUUCCUAUCAGUGUAUUGCCGAAAAUGAUGUCGCUGUAGACUCGAUAAAAGUUUCACUUACAGUUAUUUAA